CUCGGGUCGCUCACGCUGCAGGGCCCGUUCCCACCUGCCCAUGAGUCACCUGGGUGACAGUCGCUCGGCGCGGGGGAUGGGGGGGAGAACGGGGACUGACCUCCACGGGCUCCCUUGGGGACAGGCUGGCAGGGUUGGACCUGAGCAGGCGCUGCCCCCAUUCGUAGCCUCAACAUGCAGCCCACGGCCACCAUGGCCACAGCCGCCUCCACCAGUGCCACGGUUGCCCUGACGACAUCGUGGGACAAUGCCACCAGCCGGCCUACGGCCGAGCCCGACCCCAUCUUGGACAACUCGGUACCGCUGGCCGUAGUGCUGGCCCUGUUCGCGGGCGGCUCGCUGGUGGUGCUGUCCGGCGUGCUGCUGCUGUGUCGGCGCUGCUGGGACGCGCACCGGCGCUUCCACAGGGCCAUGGACGAAGCAGAGAAGACCACCACUACCUACCUGGACAAUGGCACCCACCCUGCCCAAGACCCCGACUUCAGGGGGGAGGACCCCGAGGGCCAGGAUGCCGAGACGGAGUGCUUUCUGUCCACCACGUCCACUGGCCGCAGAGUCUCCUUCAAUGAGGCCGCCCUGUUUGAACAGAGCCGCAAGGCGCAGGACAGGGGCAGAAGGUACACCCUGACGGAGGGGGACUUCCACCACCUCAAGAAUGCCCGCCUCACUCACCUCCACCUGCCACCUCUCAAGAUCGUCACUAUCCACGAGUGUGACCUGGGCGAGGCCAGCUCAGCUGCCACUCCCCAUCCAGCCAUGACCCCCAAGGACAGUCUGGCCAUCUUCCAGCCCCCGGGGAAGGCCCUCACAGGCCGCUCUGUGGGCCCCAGCUCCACCCUGCCAGGUGACCCCUACAACUCUGCGGCAGGCAUCGCUGACUUUGCAGAGAUCAGCCCCACGGCCUCCAGCGACUCUGGGGAAGGCACCUCGUUGGACGCAGGUGCUAGGGGUGCCAAGGCCACUGGGCCCAGCUCUGCAGCAACAGCUGGGGAGGGGAGCACAGGCUCCGGGACAGGCACCGUGCUACAGUUCCUUACCCGGCUGCGCCGCCAUGCCAGCCUGGAUGGGGCCAGUCCCUACUUCAAGGUCAAGAAGUGGAAGCUGGAGCCCAGUCAGAGAGCAUCCAGUCUGGACACCAGAGGCUCCCCCAAGAGGCAUCACUUCCAGAGGCAGCGGGCGGCCAGUGAGAGCAUGGAGCAGGAGGGGGACGCCCCCCACGCCGACUUCAUCCAGUACAUCGCCCGCGCAGGUGGCGCUGUGGCCUUCCCGACCCCCAGCCCCUUUCUGGCCAGCCCCACCAGCCCGCCCCCCACUCUCGGCAGGUUAGAGACAGCGGCGGAAGCAGCGGACGGAGCGAGCCCCGAGUCCCCUCCAGAGAGCAGCGAGAUGACUGAGCAGCUGCAGCAGCCCCAAGAGACAGAUGCUGAACAAGCCCAGGCCAGUUACCGUGACCUCUGGAGUCUGCGCGCCUCGCUCGAGUUGCAUGCGGCCACUGCCUCGGACCACAGCAGCAGCGGCAAUGACCGUGACUCGGUGCGCAGUGGGGACAGUUCAGGCUCAGGAGGAGCGGCUCCCACCUUCCCGCCACCGCCAUCGCCCCCGGCGCAGCAGCGUCCCAAAGACGGCGAGGCUCGCCGGCUGCUGCAGAUGGACAGCGGUUAUGCCAGCAUCGAGGGUCGUGGGGCGGGAGACGACGUGGCCGAGCUCCCAGCGUUGCCCUUGCCGUCUCUCAGUCCUCCCCGUAGCCCUCGAGCCUGGCCGCGCCGGCCACGCCGAGACUACAGCAUCGACGAGAAGACAGACGCGCUCUUCCACGAAUUCCUGCGCCACGACCCGCACUUCGACGAUGCGCCCAGCGCCGCACGUCACCGCGCACGCGCGCACCCGCACGCCCGCAAGCAGUGGCAGCAGCGUGGCCGGCAGCACAGCGACCCCGGAGGCGCACGCGCGGCCCCGCCCCCCGGCUCCGCAGCCCUGCCCACUGGGACCCGACCCACGCGUGCACCCUUGCGUCGCGGCGACAGUGUCGACUGCCCACCCGACGGCCGUGCUCUGGCGACGGGAGACGACCCGGCCAUCCCGGUCAUCGAGGAGGAGCCCGGUGGUGGCGGCAGUGGCUGCUCGGGCUCUGGGCUGUGCGUGGAGCCCCCCGGGGAGCUGCUGGACAAGCUGGCGGCCGGCCUGGACGAAAGACUCUUCCCGCCACGCCUCGCCGAGCCCGCACCCACGCUGCUCGUCGCCGCUGCUCCCACAUCCCCUGAGCACAGCCCGGCCUAAUCCCCGUGUCUCGAACCCACAUCUCGGCAGCUUCUCUGACGCCACGCGUGGCCCUGCGGAGCCUGGAGAAAUACGAAGCACGCCCCCUCUCGGGUGUGCACGUGUAUUGUGUUCGGGGGUGGGGGAGGAGGCCUCCCGAGGACCAGGCUCCGGGACUUGCUGGGCUGGGGGAGAGCGAGUUCUCACCUUCCGGCCCAGUUGUGCCCGGGUGCAUACAGCGCCAGGCCUCAGGGCGGUGGCUCUGAGACGCAUGUGCAGCCUUUCUCUCCUGGGCCGCUUGAGCCUCGAGUGAACACGUGCUGAGCAGACCACUGUUUGCCAGGCGUAUGCGCAAACCUGCGCGGGCAAGGGCAGAGUGGGUAGUAGCCCAGCCCUCAGUCCUGGAGCCAGGAGGUUGGUUUGAGGCCGCGCCUUCCAGCCCACGAGGCCUUUUACCUCACCGCGGCGUGCGCUCGCAGCAGCCGCGCUCCUCCCACUCCGAGCAAUAACCGCACCCGCCGCCGCUGCCCGGGCCCGCCCUCCGCAUGUGGAUGGGCCACCCUGUCCUUUCCCAAGGAGCUGCCAGGACGUGGACACACGGACAAAGCACAGCCCAGGCGGCAGGCUUCAAGUUUCCCAAGCUUUUAUUUAUUGCCAAAAGAUGGGGCGGCCUCGCCCCGUGCUCCCCGCCCGCUGGCCCAUGUCGUCGUCCCGUGUGUCCUUUUCUGGUCGAUUAUAAAUAUUCACUGCACA